AUUUGGUUUUUCGUUAUUCUUUCAGGUACCACUUCCAGGAAGCGACUUUUCUCCGAUACGCAUCGGAGCAGGGAGGGGUGACACAGUUCGGUCUCUCUCUUUACAGACUAUAGAAGAAAAAUAGGACACGGAGCUCAAACCGAGAAGCAGCAAACAUGAGAGGUGGCGAUGGGAUCUUAGGCAACAGAGAAGUAGAAAGAAGAAAUGCAUUUGUGAGCACCACAAGGAGAAAAUGGCUAAAACGGCGAGAGAUAUGGCUUGUUGUUCUAGGUGUCAUUCUUCACGCCGUUUACAUGAUGAGCAUUUUCGAUAUCUACUUCAAGACUCCCAUUGUACACGGCAUGGAUCCCGUCGCGCCCCGCUUCAGCGCCCCGGCCAAGCGCCUUGUGCUGCUAGUCGCUGAUGGUUUGCGUGCUGACAAGUUCUUUGAGCCGGAUUCUGAAGGACAUUAUAGAGCUCCAUUUUUAAGAUCCAUCAUUAAAGGGCAAGGUCGCUGGGGAGUAUCUCAUGCACGCCCUCCAACUGAGUCGAGGCCUGGACAUGUUGCCAUAAUUGCUGGUUUCUAUGAGGAUCCUAGUGCUGUUACAAAAGGAUGGAAAGCUAAUCCAGUUGAAUUUGAUUCAGUAUUUAACCAAAGCCGGCAUACAUUUGCAUUUGGGAGCCCUGACAUUAUUCCAAUCUUCUGUGGUGCUGUGCCACACAGCACGUGGAAUGCCUAUCCUCACGAGUUUGAAGACUUUGCAACUGAUGCAUCCUUUUUGGAUGAGUGGUCUUUUGAUCAAUUUCAGAGCCUUUUGAAUAGGUCCAGUGAAGACUCAAAGUUGGAGAAGUUACUCCUGCAGGAUCAUCUUGUUAUAUUUCUGCACCUACUUGGUUGUGAUUCGAAUGGUCAUGCACAUAGGCCCUAUUCCUCCAUCUAUCUCAAUAAUGUAAAGGUUGUUGAUCGUAUUGCUGAAAGGACGUACCAUCUGAUUGAAGAUUAUUACAAGGACAACAGUACAGCAUAUAUAUUUACAGCUGAUCAUGGAAUGAGCGACAAAGGAAGCCAUGGAGAUGGGCAUCCUUCAAACACUGAUACACCACUUGUUGCAUGGGGAGCUGGUAUUAAAUAUCCCAAACCAAUGUUGAGCACCAACCAUUCUCAUUGCAGUUUCCGUUUUGUAGAUGAACAUAUGCAUGACACACCAACACCUACAGAAUGGGGCCUUCAUGGCAUAGAAAGAGUUGAUGUCAAUCAAGCUGAUAUUGCACCACUUAUGUCCACUCUUAUUGGUUUGCCAUGUCCUGUUAACUCUGUUGGAAGUCUUCCCCUUGAUUACAUUAACAUGAUCGAGGUGGAAGAAGUUCACGCUGUAUUAGCUAAUACAGAGCAGGUUCUCAACCAGUUUCUUCGCAAAUCAUAUAUAAAGCAGUCGAAUUCGUUAUAUUUCAAGCCUUUCAAACCAUUAGCCAAUUGUUCCUCCAUACUGGAUCAAAUUGAGCAUCUAAUUUCUGUUAGAGACUAUGAAGCUGCUAUGAAGCUAUCGGAAAAUCUCAGAAGCUUGGCACUUCAAGGGCUUCAUUAUUUUCAAACAUAUGAUUGGCUGAUGCUCAUGACUGUAAUUACUCUUGGUUAUAUUGGUUGGAUGAUCUAUCUUGUUCUCCACAUCCUGCAAUCUUAUACUUCACUGCCAGGAAAUAUGUUAAGAAAGGAGCAAGCGGUUCACCAGAGGAACUAUACCAGAAAGGUAUACCUAUUUGGAUGCAUGCUCAUGGGAUUACUUUCUGUUUUACUGUUUCUGGAGCACUCUCCUCCUCUUUAUCAUGCCUACACUACAAUGACAGUAUUUCUCUGGACACAAAUAGUUAGUGAAUAUUGGCUCAUAAAAGCAUUAUGGAAGCACUUACAUGGAAGAAAAUUCAAUUACAUCGUCAAACUUUUAGUGACUACUGUGGUGUCAGUGGUCAUUCUUGAAUUCCUGGUGAAUAGUUUCACUGACAGGAAGCUCUACACUUGGUGCUUCCUGACCAUUGGGGUCACAGCUUCUCUUUAUCUUUAUAACUCAAUUCCAUGGAGAUCUGGCAUUCCAAUUUUUGUUUGCAUUGCAUGUUGGUUUUUGUCUGUGUUUACAUUGAUGCCAGCAGAAAUCCCAGAUAACAAUCAAUUAGUAAUUGUGAGUGGAGCUAUGAUUAUCUUGAUAGGAAUAGUUGCGAGGUGGCUAAAUCUGCAUGCUGAAGGGAAAUAUUGGCUAAGCAUCUCUAAUCAUGAAGUAGAGAAACCCAAGUUUCCCAUGCUCUUUCAGUUACAGGCUCUUUUGGUUGGUUUAUCUUCGGUGAUGGUGUCAUUAUCAACAUCUCAUAGAACACAGAAGCAAGAACUACUUGCAUUACACCAGCUGAUAAAUUGGUCUAUAGCUGGUUUUUCGAUGGUUCUCCCGUUAUUUUCAGCAAAUGGCCUCUUGUCCCGGCUUACUUCUAUAUUUCUAGGUUUUGCACCCACGUUCCUUCUUCUAUCUAUUGGAUAUGAAGCUGUCUUUUAUGGUGCCUUGGCUCUUGUACUAAUGGCAUGGAUAAUAUUUGAAAACACAGUUUUAUACUUUAGUAAGGUUAAGAAAUCUUCAGCUUCCACUAAUAAUGAGAUUGACAGUGUCAUUUUUAAACUUGAUGAGCGAUGCUUGCAGCUGUCUGAUGUGAGAAUCCCUUUAAUCUUUAUGAUUUUAUUCAACGUUGCCUUCUUUGGAACGGGAAAUUUUGCAAGUAUUGCUAGCUUUGAGAUUUCCUCUGUCUAUCGGUUCAUUACGGUCUUCAGCCCGUUUCUGAUGGCAGCCCUACUUAUAUUCAAGCUAUUUAUACCAUUCAUGCUCGUCAUAUGUUCAUUCAGUGUAAUAACCAAACUACACCGACUUCCACGUUUGGGAUGCUAUUUUCUUGUUAUAAUUUUUUCAGAUGUAAUGACCAUUCACUUCUUCUUCCUGGUUCGGAACACGGGAAGUUGGAUGGAAAUUGGGAACAGCAUCAGCCAUUUCGGAAUCAUGAGUGCCCAAGUUGUUUUUGUGCUGUUACUAUUUGCACUCACAAAUAUAUACACGAAAGAUAUCCAGUGUAAUUCAGCACUGGCAACUUCUCAUAAAGCGAUGUGAGCCAAAUCAAACUGGGAGAAUUGGCCGUCUGCAUUCCUUGAAGGGUUAGCUUUUUCGUUCCUACAGCAGCUUUCCUGGAUAUUUAAGAGUGGCUUCUCAUCCCACAUCGUUGUGAAUGCAUGCGUGGUACAAGUGCUUUAUGUCUUUGUCUUUUCUCUUUUACCAGAAACGAAAGGUUCACGUCUUUGUAGAAUUAUCUGCCAGCAAUUUAUGUCGUUGUAAAAGAACUUUUUACCAAUGUGAUUUUUCGGCUUUAUUUUUAGCUUA